GGACCACGGUGACGUAGUGACGGAAUCAUAACAAACAAGAGGGCUCACGAGACUGGAGGACAAAAGACACACAGGACACACCACGGCUGAGACACGUUGAGGAGAACCAUGCUGAACUUCCUGGGCUUCAGGAAAGACUCCAAGAAGUCUCCGCCAGAGAAGGAAGUGGACGGAGGCUUCGUCAUUGUCGGAGAGACGCUGGAGGAGCAGAGGAGGAAGAUGCAGACCAUGAAUCUCACUCAGCCGUCCACCAACGUCAUCGUGCAGCCGUCUAAGCCCGCCCGUCCGGCUCCGGCUCGGCCCCUCCACUCGCCCCCCCCCCCGCCGGCCCCCCCGCUGGCGGACGCCGCCCCGGCUCUCCCUGCUCUCCCGGACCUCCUCGGGGACGUCCCCUUCACGCUCGCCCCCCACGCUGCGGUGCAGGCGGCGUUCCCCCUCAUCCCGGAUGUCCUGCUGUCCCGGGACGUCAACUACAACCUGGCCAGCUUCCAGUACGACUUCACGCUGGAGAACUCGGUUCUGCACAGCGCCUGAGCCCCGCCCCCACCCCGGCCCCGCCCCAUGCCCGACUCUGUCAGCGUGAGUUCACCCACCACCUCCGACCCCCAGGCUCUCAGGAAGAUCCGACCGCUGGGGGCCGCUGGUGGCUGCGGGAGGCCACCAGGGGCCGCCGGGGGCCGACGGGGGCCGCCGGGGGCCGCCGGGGUCCGCCGGGGGCCGACGGGGGCCGCCGGGGCCGCCGGGGGCCGCCGGGGUCCGCCGGGGGCCGCCGGGGGCCGCCGGGGGCCGCCGGGGGCUGCCGGGUUCUGCUCCGCCCCACAUCACCAGACAAACAACAUUUCUGUCUAGAGCGACCUGCUGACUGUCUUCUGUCGGUGUAAUGAGAGUAUGGACUGACUGUUGAAUUCCAGCCUCCACCACCUUCUCCACCUUCUCCACCUUCUCCACCUUCUCCCACGUUCUUCCUGUGUUCAGUCUUGAUUUCCUUCUCAAAUUUCAUGGAUCUAGUUUUUCAGUUUUUGUGUUGAUGGUCACUCUUGUCUUUCGUCUCCACAGCUGUGAUUGAAUGGACAGUCUGCCUCUAUGCUGAUGAUGUCCUGAUGUCUUUCCCUGUCGCUCAGCUUGUUGAACUGCUGGGAUCGUCUCUGAUCAUCUGACCAAACUCACUCUGAACCCUCAGUGGAAAACAGCCUGCGUUCCCCUGGUUCCACCAGAUCCCACCUAUGAGCUGAACCCAGCUGACUGUGGUGUGUGUGUUGUGUGUGUGUGUGGUGUGUGUCGUGUGUGUGUGUGUGUUGUGUGUGGUGUGUGUGAGAGACACGAUGAAAUGUCGACAAGCUGUGAGUGAGUGAUUUGCUAGCAGGGUUCUCCAGCCCUGUUCCUGCAGAACCCUAAGCGCAGGUUCUAACUCUCUCCCUGCUUCAUCACACAUAAAUCUACUGGUUCUGUCCUCAAAGAGCACCCAGCAGAACCCAGCAGAACCCAGCAGAACACAGUAGAACCCAGCAGAACCCAGCAGAACCUGACUAAUGGUUCUGUCCCCAGAGAGCACCCAGCAGAACCCAGCAGAACCCAGCAGAACCCAGCAGAACCCACUCUAAAGGUUCUGUUGUCACAGGGCUGGCUGCCGGGCAGGUGCUCCAGCUGUAGGAUGAUGUCGGGUGUAGCUGCCAAAGUGUUUUUGUUUUCUUUUCCUGAGGGGUCCUGCAGAUGACAGAAAGUGAGAACGUUUCAGUGGAACUUCUUGAAAUGUCUGAGUAGAAAUGCUGUGGAAACAGCGGAUGGCGGAGCGUGGUUCACAGUGGUGCACGUGCUGGAAGAGGGGAACGGUUAAAGAACUGACACGACCAGAGAAGGCUGUGGGGGGCGGGUCCAGACCUGGUGCUCUUCCAGGUCCAGCAGCAGCGCUCAUGUUCCCGGUCUAAAAUGGUGAGGGUCGUCCCUCUGUGGCUCCCUGGACUCCCCCUGAGCGGUGUGUGUGUGUGUGUGUGGUUGUGUGUGUGUGUAUAGUACCUGCUGUGCCUUCUACAUGCUGAUUUCCAAUAAAAUCCUU